AUGGCCCACGCCGAUCCAAUCCAGCUAGUUCCCAUCCCGGGAGGUAACCCACAAGCCAUCAGGAACUACCUAGAGAGCUUAAUUCGUGAUGCGCUCGGGGGAGGAACCCAACUGCACUGGGACAACUUCCCACGAACUGCUCCCAUGCUGGGCCCCAGUACAAUGAGCUUCUCAAUCAGUGUUACUCACAAAACCCCCAAGAUUGCAAUUGGCGUGGUCACGCUGUACACUAACACCCCGGAGCACCACUAUGACCACUAUGAGUAUGCCGUGGGGUUGGCCCGGGAAACACUGGUCCAGCAGAACUGUGCUUGUAUUAUUGCCCUGAGACUGACUGUUCAUGAGUGUAUCUGGCACUGCCAGAUCUACCGUGUUGGGAAGGGGGCUGAACCUUCUGUGCUGUCUGAUGGGGCGUAUCCUGAGACAGAAUAUGUUGUGCUGCGUGCGAAGGUAAAUUCGGCUUUCAACUGGGUUAAUGCGCCUUAG